CACGAACACUGUUGCUUUUGCCGGGCAAUGGAACUGCCUGUGGAACCGCCGCUGAAGCGGCGGGCUUUAUCGGCGCUUCGUGACCACGAAGCGGCGCUGGUGCUGGCGCCGGAGGAGGUGGAACGUUAUCAUCGCGAAGGAUGGCUGGUGCCCAAGGUCUCCUUGUCCAAAGAGAAGUUGGAGCGGUACCAGAAGACUUUGGACCGGGUCAUCGCGGAGAAUCCCACGGUGCGCCCGGAAUUGUUGGUGAGUGCUCAUGUGGAGACCAAGACCAAGGAAGGCGUGGUGGGCAACUAUGACUUCUUGGCGCUGGCUCAAGAGCCGAUGAUCCUGGAGGCGGUGGGUCAAGUGUUGGGCUCCGACUUUGCGCUCUGGGGCUGUCAGAUCUUCUGCAAGCCAGGCAAAGAUGGCAUGGAAGUGCCCAUGCACCAGGACGGUGAGUACUGGCCCAUCCGCCCGUUGGCCACGGUCACCGUUUGGGUGGCGCUAGACAGGUCUGACAAGGGCAACGGCUGCCUGAACGUGCUGCCGCGCUCGCACACGCAUGGGAACCUGAAGCAUGAGCCUUGCGAGGGGAGGAUGGUCUUGAGCCAACGUUUGACGGCCGACGAGUUGAGUCGCCUGGAGGCUCCGGUGGAUGUGGAGUUGGACGCAGGGCAGAUGUCCAUGCAUGACGUCUACUUGGUUCACGGCUCCAAUGCCAAUGGCUCUGGUCGGCGACGUGCAGGCGUGGCCUUUCGAUAUAUGCCCACCAGCUCUCUCUUUGAUCGCGAGAUGUACGACAGCGAUCGAGCUGGCUUCACCAUCGAUUGGAAGAAGAGGAGUGGCCGUGGAAGAAGGGGCAGGCCUCUCUUCCUUUUAAGUGGCCAAGAUCUCUCGGGUGGGAGAAACUCCUACAGCCCGUUGCCAGCGCCCCUGGCCUGGCCAGAGGGUUUUCAGAGAGCUUCCGUGGCCAAGAGCCCAAAGGAGUGGAGCGCCUUGAAGCGCUGGAUGGAGGAAUGCCAGGAAAUCCCCUGGGAAAAGGCCAUCGAAGGGCGCCGUGUGGCUCAAUGGGGCGUACGCUAUGACUACACCACCCAGUCGGUGGAUUUGACGCCGGUGCUGCCCAUUCCGCCGGUGUUGCGAGAGAUUUUCCCAGAGGUGGGUGCUGAGUUCACCCAGUGCAUCAUCAACGAGUACGGUGCGCAGGACGCCAUUCCUUGGCAUUUGGAUGACCUGGCCUUUGGCCCCACGGUGCGGGUCUUCGUCUUCGGCGACCCGCGGCCCUUACUGCUCCGCCCGCUCGACGGCGACGGCGGGACGAAGACGGUGGAGAUGCGGCACUUGUGGUCCUACAGCUUCAGCGGCCCAGCGCGCUACCAGUGGGAGCAUUGCGUGCCGACUGGGCAGGACCGCCGCUGGAGUGUGACCUUCAGAAGCCUCGCAGAGGGCGACGCGAAAAACGCGCCGAGCAUGCACUCGUAGAAGAA